AACCAGACACCCGAUGUUGCGUUAGUGGACCAGAGAGCUCCAGUUCACAUCCGGUGCCGUGCGGCGCAGCAAAGACGUUGGAACUCCAAGCAGUUCUUCGGUUCCCCUCCACACGCAUCACACAUCGCCUCGUGCCUCUCAAUUCCGUCUCCUUCUGCAGCGAUUCUCGCAGGUGCGCAGCCAUGAUGAUGGCGUGUGGCCUCGCCGUCGCCCAGCCUGCGGCGUCUCUCGCGCCAUCCGGCAAGAGGAGCCUCUCCGGCGGCCGUCCCCCAUGGCUGCCAUCUCCCAGACUUUUUUCAGACAAGCUAAUAAGGAGCCGCAGUGUCGUUGCCAAGGCUGCGCAGGACAGUUCAGAAUCAUCCGGGAGCAUAGUGAAAUACGUCACCAGUUCUUUCAGCACUGCGGAAGACAUUUUUGGUCUAGCUGGUAUAGGCUUUGCCGCAAUAGCUGCAUUAUGGGCUUCAGUCAACCUCAUUGAGAUCAUCGAUAAGCUCCCGGUUCUUCCUCUUCUAUUUGAACUGGUUGGGAUAUUAGUUGCAUGGCUUUUCAUCUACAACAAUCUCCUCUUCAAGCCAAAGAGGGAAGAAUUUCUGAAGAACAUCAAAAACUCAGUAUCUCAAAUCCUGGGGCAGUAACCUUUGCAGGCGACAGUAGACAGCAAGCAUUCUGUCAUGGGUUCUCUGCAAACAUACCGAAUGCAAUUAUGCAAUAUAACUGUCUGCAAGCUAUGAGUGUUACCAUUUUUGACUCUAUAUAAGCACUACCAAUUUUCUGUACAGGUUAGUGUGAUUAAAGCCGUUUUCCCAGUACCAAAACUUGGACUGGGACCUCUUGCUGUACGAGUCUAAUGAAAACAGACACCCGGAUUCUUCCUGUAUUGAAUGCUUCGGCUAUUCAAUUUCACGUACAAGAACGAAAGGGUAUUUACAUCUGAAA